AUGAAUGUAAUAGAUGAAGAACUACGCUAUGCCACAAAAAUUAUUUCCAAUUUAAAAGAUUGCAAUAAAUCAUUGCAGGAUGAAUGUUCCAGUCAGGUAAAAAGUUUUGACCGGGAAAGAAGGACUUGGAAUCGUACUUUGAAACAGAUCAAUGUGGAUAAUCAAAAAAUCCGUAGUAAUGCUAUACAACUUAUUAAUGAGGUUAAACGGCUGAAGAGUGAAAAUACUAGUCUUAUAUCCCGGCUUUCCCGUGAACAGAUUUCCUAUACCAAAUACAAAACCAAAUACGAAGCUCAAUUGAGAGAUAUAAAAUUGCUCCAGUCUAUUACUAAGAAAUUAGAAAAUAAGUUAGCUUUAGUUCAGAAAAACUCGACAAAAAAAGAUUCCGAAAUCCUAUCUCUCAAAUCUAAAAUUACUGAAUCGGAAAUUGAGCUGGAGCGUUUAAAAUCAGAUGCUAUAUCUCGGGUUUUACCAUUAGGAGAAGCAAUUAGUGGAGGUGGCGAGGGGCCGAGUCUCAUUUCUUCUGCAAUAGUGGAACCUUUAGAUUUACUAAAGAAAAAUAUAGCAAAUUUCGAUGUUAUCUCUGCAGUUGGUAAACCUAAGCCAGAUUUUAGUAAGUUUUUAAAACGUAGAAAAAAUAUGGACCAAACAGAAAGAAUUGAUGUACACCAAUUCAGUGAUACCAUAAAUAAGGCUAACAAUGAAGCAAAACCUCAAAUACCUGAUUCUUCAAGAUCAACUAAUAUGAAGUCUUCUAUCAGUGAAGGUAGCCAUGUUGGUACCUCACAAAUAGUAGAGAUUAAAGAUUUUUCGGAAGAUACCGUUUCUAAAACCGAUUUCAUUGGAAAUGAUCAAAGCCACACAAUUAAAACAGAAAUGGCCGAGAUAUUUCCUGUUGGAAUAAUACCUAUUGUAGGAAGUAAUCUAUUCUCACCCAAGUUUAUGUAUGCAGUUCUCGCUUUUUUGAUAGUUGUAGUGAUAUGGCUCAUUAUAGUAAAGCCUAUAAGUGAAGCAAGAAAAAAAGAUAAAUUUUUUGAUGACGAAAAACAUUAG